AUGUGGCGAUCCCAAAUCACGAAAAUUCUCCGCGCAAACAAAUUUGAAAGGUAUCUUGAUCCCUCUGUUCCCCCACCUCUUCCAACGCUGACUCGUUCGGAUGGAACUACGGUUCCGAACAUUCGUUACGCGCAAUGGACACUCACUGAUCAGAACCUCGCCGCGGCUAUAUGUUCAACUAUUUCUCCAUCCAUCCUACCUUAUCUCAUCAAUCUUGAUUCUACCUCAGCCAUCUGGACCACUCUAGAGCUUAGAUUUCAAUCCUCUAAUCGCUCGAAAGUGAUUCAGUUAAAGAACGAUCUUCAUCACAUAACGAUGAAAACCUCCAUGACUCAAUAUAUUGUUGAUAUAAAGUACUUGGUAGAUCAAAUAGCCUCUGUCGGAUCUGUGCUCAAUACCGAGGAUAUCAUCUUGUAUAUCCUAAAUGGCCUUCCGGCAACCUAUCAAGCGUUCAAGACGGCUAUAAGAAUGAUGCUAUAA